AUGGCCUUUGUCUGGCUUGAGCCUGGUGUUGGAUCUCUCAGAGAGUUAACAGAGGCGCAGAGACCGGGCCGAAGAGAGGUGCUUGUCUCCAGCUCCGCUGCAGCUUUCCUGCCAGUGGCCGCCAACGCUGAGAGCAAUGAGGAGCUGAUUGCUUUGCUGAAGAAGGAUCGGGAAUUGCUGGAACCGGUCCCCAAGAUGUUGAAGGAACAGAAGUGGGACGGUGUGCGCUCAGUCCUCAAGACGCCGCCCGUGUCCUUCUUGUGGAACUUGGGCCUCGAAAAAAACACCCUGAAGAAGUUGGGCGACAGCUUGGGUGAAGUGGAAGUCUUGGAGAGGAUGGAUGAGAUCGCCUCGGCCCUGCAGACCACAGAUGAGAUUUCUUAUUCGAACGUCUACGUCUAUGGGCAGCCCGGCGAGGGCAAGGUGAAGAUUCAGGAGCCCAUCCUCUUCGUUCAGACUGCCAUGUCCAAGCUGGACGAGGUGCUGAAGAUUGUGGCUUGA